AAUCAGUUUAGGAACAACAGCUGAACAAUGAAAACUAUUGCAAUUGCGGUUUUAGCUAUAAGUAUUUUGGUGGUACUGGUCACAGCUAGACCAGAUAGAUAUGGGUCAGAGGAUCACGGUUUGAGCAAGCACCAACAAAGGCCUCCACAUGAGUCUGGUGAGGAAGAGAGACCAGUUGGACCACCAAGCAGUGAUGAGGACUCGAAUGAACAUGAAAGCGGUUCGGGCAAUCAUCCAUCACAGGGACAACGUCCUCCACAUCACCACGACAAUCGUCCGCCACAUGGUCAUCGUCCUCCACAUGGUCACCGUCCUCCACAUGGUCACCGUCCCCCUCAUCGCCCGACAACACCUUCACAGGAAGAUAGCACAUCCAUCGAACCGGAAGACUCAACUACCUCUGAGUCGAAUGAGUCUUCUCCUCAGGAGUCGACUACCUUGCAGCCAGAAGAGUCUACAACUCUGCAGCCUGAAGAGUCUACUACCUUAAAGCCUGAGCAAAAUACCACUGUUUAGAAUAUUAAACGUGCUUUAAUGUAAAUACACAGUAUUUUUCAAUAAAAUCAUUGGUAUAUCAUAAAGU